AUGGGAUGUGUUGGAUCUUCGGUAAAAGACCAAGUAGUUGCAGAAAAACCUUUGCUCUUAUCACCAGGCUUCAAAUCAUCCGCAUUUUCAAUAGUCUCUACAUCUGAAGUUAAUCAUUGCCAAAUGAUUUACCAAUCUUUACUCUCAGAUGUACAUGAAAUAAAGUAUCCUAUAACAGAUAUCUUAGCAUUGAGUUUGGACAGAUUCUCAAUACCAAUAAUUUUAUCAUUUUACGAUCAAAAUCCAGAAAUGAAAGAAAUAUUAUUUCCGUUACUAUCAAUUCAUGCAAAAAACGCAUUUAGAAUUGCUGCAACAUCUACUAUACAGUUACUUCAGCCAGAAUAUCUUGAAAAAUCUGAUAAUAGCAAAUUAAUUAAAAAUUUAUUCAAAAUUUUCAAUAGAAAAAAUAACAUAACAACAUCGAUAAUCAUAUCUAAAGAGUCAAAUAUGCUUAGUACUCAACUUAAAAAGCUAAAAAUCGAAAAUGAAAUUGGAAAUGUUGAUUCUGACUUUAAUUUUUAUUCUACAAUGAUUAUUUCAACAGACAUAGAAUAUACAGACGAAUUAGAUUCUAAGAUACACGAUUUUAUCUUCUCAGGAGGAUCAGUGAUCGUUAUUUUUAAUAAAGAAUUUAAUAAUUGGAACAAAUUCCUUCAAAAACACAGUCUUCUAUUUGAAAGAUACGAACCAAUAGCUAAUAAUAACAAUCUAAAAGUCAUUUUACCAAAAUCUUUCGCAGAUGUUUCAUCUUAUAAUUUAAUUUCUUUCUUUUACACUUUGCAGCAUCAUUUAUCUAAAGAAGACACAAAUAUCAAUAUUAUUGAUGAUAUUCUCACACAAAUAAGGAUCCAUAUUAAAGAUUUAACAGAUAUUGACAAAUUAACACAGAUUUAUAAUCCUUUGUAUGAUUACAUCCAAGAAAACCAAACUAUUUCAUCAAAUUAUUGUAUGAUCCUUCUUGAUGACAUUUCGCAGCGACUUCCAUACAAAUUUCACAAAGAUUUAGUUCCAAGUGUUGAAUGUCCAUUACAUGAAUUCAAAACACAAAUCAAAACAAAAGCAAAUGAAUGGACAUUCCUUAACAUAUUUUUACCACCAAAAACUAUUUCUAGUUUUAUAUGUUCCGAUGACUCUGUUUUUCUUCAAGUUGGUUGUCAUACAGACAAUCUUAUUUCCUGUCAAUGUCCAUGGAAUCGAUAUCCUAAUAUUGUUAAACGAUUUCAAUCAGGUGAAAUCUAUUCAGAUUAUGGUGGUUUUUUAUUUUUGAUCUCAGACAAAUCCACCACUGUUGAUAUUACUCUUAGCAAUGUUGCAGACAUCGAAUACAGUCCAUUUAAAAUCAUUGAUUUAGAACUCUUUUAUUUCAUCAUUCCAUCUGAUACUGUCAUUGAACAUAAUGAAUCAGACAUCAUUUCAUUCUAUCAAAAAAUUAAUCAUGAAAUCGAAACAAUGAUUCCAUUUCAACUCGAUUUCAAACCCAUCAUUGUAUUUGACAUCACAGAUGGUGAUAUUUAUAACGACAUAUAUCCUAUAUCUAUUCAUUAUGACAAUUUAUCUAGUUUAAUUAAUCCGAUGAAUCCAUCAGAUGAACUUAAGAAUUUCAUCUCUCGAUUAAUUCGACUUCGAUUAGGACAUUUUGAAAUCAAAAUUGACAUUGAAGACAUCAUUUGCAACAUGUCAUCACAGUGCAUCAUGAAACGUAUUUUCAAUAGUAAUUCAUCUGAUCAAUAUUUAGAGGGUCUUAACAUUGCAUUAGACUAUUUCAUCAACCGAUUUGGAUUUUCAAUUUUCUCACAAUCCAUUGUUAAAUUUGUUUCCAUCAACAAUGGUUCUAUCCAAGAAUUUAUCAAAGAAAUCUGUUUCUCAUGUGGUCAUAACAUCUCUCCUCUAUUUAGUAACUACAUCAAAUUUGGUGAUGACAUUUCAAAAUCAUUACAAUCAUUACCUCCUUAG